UUGUUGUUGAGCUUCUUCCUCAAAAUUCAUGGGCCAGCCCGGAAUGAAAUCGGAAGGGUAGGGGUCCAUUGAGGCUUAACCGGAGGUCUCUUUCAGUUCCUUUUCCUUCCUUACUUCCUUUCUUCCUUUCUUCCUUCACCAUAUUUGGAUUUUGGAAUUUCGAUUCAGAUUUCACAAUCCAACUGAAGCUGCGACCCUUUCAACAACAACAACCAACUGGGUUAUCCCCUAUCAGCAUGAACAUGUUCUACCGAGGUUCAUAUGCUGAUGGUGGUGAUGGUCGUGAAAUGGGUGCAAAGCGUCAAAGGAUAGUCGAUCAGGGAUCUUCUUAUUAUGGGACUUCUCCGGGUUCUGGGUUUAUGUAUAAUACAAGUCCCUAUGCGUAUGUUAAUCAGCCACCACCAUUUCCUGUUGUCAGACUACGGGGUUUGCCUUUCGAUUGCAUGGAAACUGAUGUUGUUGAGUUCUUUCAUGGUCUGGACAUAGUCGACAUUCUUUUCGUCCACAAGAAUGGAAAAUUCACAGGGGAAGGUUUUUGUGUCUUGGGUUAUCCUCUCCAGGUUGAUUUUGCCCUUCAGAGGAAUAGGCAAAACAUGGGGAGAAGAUAUGUUGAGAUUUUCAGGAGUAAUCGACAAGAAUACUACAAGGCUGUAGCAAAUGAAGUUUUUGAUGCCCGGGGUGGGUCACCAAGAAGAAGUGCCCCAAGGUCCAAGUUAAACGAUGAGGUGAAAGACUCUGCUGAACACACCGGUGUAUUACGCCUGAGAGGACUGCCAUAUUCUGCAGGCAAAGAUGACAUACUGGAUUUCUUCAAAGGUUUCAACUUAUCAGAAGACUCUAUUCAUUUAACACUGAAUUCAGAGGGGAGACCAAGUGGGGAAGCAUUUGUCGAAUUCUCAAACGAACAAGACUCAAAAGCAGCCAUGUCCAAGGAUAGAAUGACACUAGGUAGCCGCUACAUCGAGUUGUUCCCAUCAUCACAUGAAGAAUUGGACGAAGCAAUCUCUAGAGGACGGUGACACCAGCUAUAAUUCUAUUCACUGUUCUUCUUCAAUUAAUAUGUUGUUUUGCUUUUGGAGCAAUGAGAUUUAUGGAGUUAGAAGUGAAUAGGAGAGCUAAGUUUGUUUUGUGUGCUUAUGGUAACCAUACAUUCUCUGUACUUUCCAGGACCAUUAUUUGCCAGUCGAGCAGCUCGUUUCGCUCUCGACUGCAUGAAUUUGUGAAAAGAAUUUGGUUUAGUAGGCCUCUCUAAA